AUGGAUGCUACUCAGGAUAACAGCAAGAAGGGCGCCGAUCCCAAGUCCGCCCCCGGCACCGUCACCGCCGCUCCUCAGCGUACCCCCAUUCCGGCCGUCCAGCCCGCCAACACCAACAUGACUACCGUUGCAAACAUCACCACCACCGAGCGAGCUCCCCUCAAUGCCUACGACGGCGUAGGCAUCACGUGCUGCGGUGUCGAAGUCUGCGCUUCUUCCUCACCUUCCACAGAUUGGGGUUGGUUCGUCUUCGUCGUCGUUUUCUUCGCCCUGGUCUUCGCCUUUGUCUGCGCGAUCCUCUGGAUUGUCAAUGGUCGUGGCGACUCGGGCGCUGGCGUUGGUGCUCCUGGUUCUGUCUAG